AGCCAGGUUCAGGUUGUCAUACAACUAAGUAGAGCAGGAACACUGUCUUGUAAAAUGAAAAACAGGUAGAGAAAUCAAGGGACACAUUGCCUAAGCUCAACAGCUCCUCAGAAAUCAAGGGACACAUUGCCUAAGCUCAACAGCUCCUCUGCUUUGAAAACAGAAAGUUCAGGAUGUCUUCAGGUUUUAAUGACAUAAUCAAACAAGGACGUGUAACGAUUCGCAGUCAGCACUUUAGGAUCUAUCAGAAAUGCUGGCUGGUGAUGAAGAGGGCUUCUAGUGAGGGACCCUUUUGGCUGGAAAAAUACUCAAAACAGCGAUCCACCAAUACUAAAAGCCCCCAAAAGGUGAUGGGUCUGACCAAUGUAAAGAAUGUCAGUAGAUCUCCAAGACAGCAAAAGAAGCAUGCAGUGAUGCUUGAGUUCAGGGAAGAGUCCUCUCUGACUUUUGCUUGUAAGUCAGAGGCAGAAGCUGAUGAAUGGUACAACGUGCUACACAUAUACUGCAUUCAAGAAAAGAAGAAGAAACUUGAUUUUGGUGAACCAGACUUGCUCUGUCAUAUAAGGAAUGAAGCAUGCGUGCAGUACCAUGUAUUCCUGCUGCCAUCUGACCGCUUCACAGCCCAGGGAGAGUGUACACUCCAAAUCACGCACAAGGCCAUUCACUUGUACAAUGCCCAGGACCCCAGGCAGAGAAUUGCAUCAUGGCCUCUAAAGGUACUGCGACGAUAUGGACGAGACUGCACCUGCUUUACCUUUGAAGCUGGCACAAUGUGUGACACAGGAGAGGGCUUGUUCAGGUUUCUCACUGCGGAGGGAGAGGCCAUCUAUCACAGGGUCCAUACUGCAGUACUGGCUAUCAUGGAAUCCCAUUGUAGCCGUCUGGUCAAAACGCAGAAUCCGCUCUCACAGCUCCACUCCAGCCUGAGGCAGCGUUAGCCGAGCUAGCUGGUCCGAGCUAAACAGGUACCGUGUUUACCGGAUUCUUCCGUCUUUUAAAGUGAUUCAGUUUAUUACACUGGAAAUCUGCUGCGUGUAUUUUACUGCAGAGUUUGUCCGCAGCCUUAGUUAACAGGUGUCGCCCACAGUUUACCGUUUAUACAGCCUAGUUUAGCUGCUGUUGUGGAGAUAAAUGGUCGCGAACGGCUGUGAUACAAGAAAUCUAGACUAAUGCAGGACCUUCAUCAAGUCUGGACAAUGAUUGUCACGUUGUCGUUCACUGGCCUGAUCUGACCCCCCCUUCUUGAAUUGACUUCACAAAAAUAAGAUUUAUUGCAAAUUUUAUUUACUGUAACUUUUUUUAACCAAUGCUAGAAACACCUACAGCAUCUUACACUGACAGAAAAUGUACAAGAUCAUUGUUAAGUGUGUGUGUCGUUAUUUUCACAA